CAAUCGCUGUUUACAGAUGCCCGUGUGUAGACUCACGCAUCCUUCAUGCCAACACUCUCCCCUGCCCAUAGGGCUGACGCUACUCUAUUUCACUUGGACCAAAUGACGAUUACGGUCAACAAUUGACCUGCAUGUCAGAGGAUGUAUAGUUUACAUACAGUGGUAGGGCUGAUAGCAGUAGAUCCAUGCAGCAUCGCAUGCUAUCGACCUUUCGUACAGCCAAUUCAGGGUGCGCACGUUCUGCCAUUUUCCAUCAAGCAAGAGAGAAAGAGCCCGUGGCUGCAACGAGCAUCUGGUAGACUGUUGGGAUCACAGGUGUUGGCUGACGCUCUGCAUCGAGAUCGAAACUGUUACGAAAUACUUGACCUUCUGAGACUGUCGGUAUCUCCAAGUACUCCCCCAAGCAAGGGCGGCAUUUUCCAUCCGACCAUAUGGAGUGCAGCCAAAUUUAGAGAGACAAAGAAUGUUAUGACACUAUUACAGAUAAGGACUUGGUUUCUGAAACGACGAUGGCACGAGUUCGCAAGCGAAACCAAGCCUGCAGUGGACAUGGGUUGCCAUCCCUGGGGGUGUCGUUCGAGCACUGCACUACUUGGAUUUGAAUCACACCCGAACGUUCGUUGUUGCAUCGACACGUUCCUCGGAUUUGGUCUCCGCGAAGCAUUCGAACUCUCCAUGUAUCGGAGUCUACCGCGCGCGUACCUUUUCAUCCUCCAACUCCCAGAACUGUCACCGCUCGGACGAUCAACGGCAUGGCUAGCUUUUGUCGGAUCAAUCAAGAACCAUGCACGGCCCUGUCAUCCGCGCAUAGCAGAGGAACAUACCGUGAUGACAACGGCUAUCUUGGGGCACUGCCACGAGACAAGAGGUACAAAACCUUCAACUGAUCUGGUUGUUGGGAUUGACAACUUGUUAGUAUCCUCUAUUUGCGAGACAACGGAUGAGAGUUGCCGACAAGUAACAAAGGUAAGACCUAUCGGAUGUGACUCUGACAAGCACAACAGCAAUGUGCUUCCAUUCCAGAAGCUGGACUCACAUGACUAGGCACAGAAUUGUGGGACCGGUCAGCACCGGUCAAUACCACGGCCUAGGCAACGCAUUGCCAGCAUCUCAAGCGCGAUCCGACAGACAGAGCGAGUCUUGAAGUA